AUGUCUCCAAUUCCAAAGGACUUCAAGAACGAGGCCUACGUUCUGCACGCCCUCGACGAUGCUCGCAUGCAGCCGUACGAGCUGCCCCGAAAGCCUGGCCCGCAAGAGGUUCUUCUCCGCUCGCUGUCCACCGGCAUCUGCGGCUCUGACAUUCACUACCUGAAGGAGAUGCGCCUCGGCAACAUCAUCAUCACCCACCCGAUUGUCCUUGGCCACGAGGCCUCCGCGGAGGUCGUUGAGGUCGGCUCUGAGGUGACGCACGUCAAGCCGGGCGAUCUCGUCACCUACGAGCCCUCGGUGACCUGCCUCAAGUGCGAGUACUGCGACAACAAGGACUACAACCUGUGCGAGUACGCCACCAGUACCUGCCCGCCCUACACCGGAAGUCUAACCUAUUACUUUGUCCAUCACGGCAAAUUUACAUUUAAGGUGCCAGACCACGUGGACGCCGAAGAGGCCGCCCUCGUGGAGCCAGUCUGCGUCGGUGUGCACGCCUGCCGACGUGGCAACAUCACCGUCGGUGACAAGGUCUUCAUCACCGGCUCCGGUCCAAUUGGUCUGAUUACGCUGAUCUGCGCCAAGGCGUACGGUGCCACCCGCGUCGUCCUCACCGACAUCAAUGAACAGCGCCUGCAGCUGGCCCGUGAGCUGGGCGCCGACGAGACCAUUCUCGUGAGCAAGGGGCAGACUGAGGCUGAGCUGGUGAAGAAGGUGAAGGCCGCUUUUGGCGGUGAACUGCCCAACAAGACCUUUGAGUGCUCCGGUGUGGCGGUCAACUUCCGUCUGGUGAUGCUCACCACCAAGUCGGCGGGCACUUGCGUCUUUGUGGGCAUGGGCCCCACUGAGAUUCUCCUGCCCGUCGCUGAGGCGGCCAACCGAGAGGUGGACAUUCGCAGCUGCCACCGAUACAAGACCGCCUUUCCUGCGGCCAUUGAGUUGGUUGCUUCAGGAAAGUACCCCUUCAAGAAGCUGAUCACCCAUCGUUUUGACUUUAAGGACUGCGCCAAGGCUUUUGAUACCGUCGUCUCUGGCGCCGGCGUCAAGGUGAUGAUCAAGGUCGGUGAGCAGAAAAAGCAAUAA